AAACAAAAAAAGAAAACAACCCGCAACUCCAAUCAGCGUAAAAAAGUGUCCCUUCCGGCAAUUUGGUAUGAAACGUGUAGCCGUGCGGCAGCAUUAAUAUUUAGCUCUCCAUCACGAUGAAGCAGGUUUUUAUUGGUCAAAUCGUUCACUCCAAAUCGCUCGAUGAGCUCGAGGUUCUGGAGAAUGGUUUCGUUGCGGUGAACGAUGGCAUGAUUGAAGCCGUCGGUGAUCACUCGCAAUUGGAUGGUUCAGUCGUAUCUGAAUACGAACGAAUCGUACUAUCGACUUCGCAGUUCCUUCUUCCUGGGCUCAUCGAUUGUCACAUCCAUGCCCCGCAAGUGCCCAACAUUGGUCUGGGGCUAGAUAAGCCGCUGCUGGAGUGGCUGGAAUCGUACACCUUUCCGCUGGAAGCGAACUAUCGUGAUGCUGAGUUUGCUUCCCGAGUGUACAAGUACGUGGUGAACAAUACGAUUAGUCAUGGUACAACAACGGCGUGCUAUUUCGCUUCCAUCUUUACGGAAACGAACAAGAUUCUGGUUGACGAGAUGGUGCGUCAAGGGCAGCGCGGUUUCGUUGGAAAAGUCUCCUCGAAUCAAAUGUGUCCGGAUUUCUACGUUGAAUGCAACACGGAAACAUCGGUAAAGGACAAUGUAGACUUCAUACGCUACGUAAUGGAGCGGAAAAGCGAUCUCGUGCAACCGGUGAUAACGCCACGCUUCGCUAUCACCUGUGACGAGCCGCUAAUGCGCGAACUGGGCAAGCUGGCCAAGCAGUACAGCCUGAACGUGCAAACGCAUGUGUCGGAAAAUUUGGGCGAAAUUGAAACGGUGAAGCAGCAGUACCCGAGCGCCCCUCACUACUCGGGCGUGUACGAUGAGGUUGGGCUGCUGACGGACCGGACCGUGCUCGCUCACGGUGUCCAUCUGGAGGACGCCGAGCUGAAGGUGCUGGCCGCCCGUGGCACCUCCGUAGCGCACUGUCCCAGCUCCAACACAAACCUUGGGUCGGGUUUUUGUGACGUUCGGCGCCUGCUGGAUGCCCGCGUCAAGGUGGGCCUGGGAACGGACGUGUCCGGUGGAAGCGACAUGAGCAUACUGGCUGCAAUGCGUUCCGCUCUCGGCGUAUCGCAACAUUUGAACUUUAUGAAAACGCAAGACGUCAAAGGGACGGGCAAACUGGAGCAAAGUGCAGCGCUGAAGGGAGAGAAAUACAUUCCACUGUCUUACAAGCAGGCACUGUUUUUGGCCACACUGGGAGGAGCUCAAGCGCUGGCACUUGACGAGAAGAUCGGAAACUUCCAGAAAGGCAAACAAUUUGACGCCUUAUUAAUCGAUACGGAACCGCAGCCCAUCGGAGGCUACAAACUGCCAGCAAGCUUAACGAAGGACAAAACCAAAGUGCAAUUAUUGUUGGAGUUGGUGCAAAAGUUCGUCUACGUUGGUGACGAUAGGAACAUUGUGAAGGUGUACGUUGCGGGCAAACAAAUUAAAACAUAGGAAAGGUGCCUUUAUUAAUUGCCUCGGAAGAUAUUUUAUACCUAUAAACCACUCAACAACGAACAAAUAAAACUCCAUGAGAAUGUGACAAA